AUGCCAGGAUCCAGCGGCAGUAUGACGGCGUCCGAAGGGGACCAGCCGUGGACCCUCCAGGCCCCGGGCCUCCCCAAGGCCGACCACCUCCCCGACUUCCAGCCGCGGCGUCUUGGCAUUACCUGGAAGAACCUCACCGUCAAGGCCGUGGCCGCUGAUGCCACCAUCCAUGACAACUUCAUGUCCCAGUACAACGUGGCCCAGAAGCUGCGCGACGCCCGGAGGAAGCCCGCGCUCAAGACCAUCCUCGACAGCAGCCAUGGCUGCGUAAAACCCGGCGAGAUGCUGCUGGUGCUCGGGCGCCCUGGGUCCGGGUGCACGACGCUGCUCAGCGCGCUCUCGAACCGGCGCCGGGGCUACUCCAGCGUCGAGGGUGAUGUCCACUAUGGCUCCAUACCUGCUGCCGACGCCGGGCCGUACCGCAGCCAGAUCGUCAUGAACACCGAAGACGAGCUCUUCUUUCCGUCCCUGACUGUGGACCAGACCAUGGACUUUGCGACACGCCUCAAGCUUCCGAUUGACACCUCUAGGGAUGCCGCCUCGCGCGAGAAGGCACGCAAGGAGACGCGCGACUACCUGCUCGAGUCCAUGGGCAUCGGCCACACGCACAGCACCAAGCUCGGCAACGAAUUCAUCCGCGGCGUGUCUGGUGGUGAGCGCAAGCGCGUAUCCAUCGUCGAGUGCAUGGCCACGCUGGGGUCCGUGUUCUGCUGGGACAACAGCACACGCGGGCUCGAUGCCAGCAAGAUCAAACCGGGGCGUGAGGCGACCUUCCCCCGCAACGCAGACGCGCUCAAGGCUCAAUACGAGGCCUCGGCCAUCUUCCCUCAGAUGCAGGCCGAGUACAGCUACCCGACGAGCGACGGUGCCAAGGAGAACACGCAAGCUUUUCAGCAGAGCGUGGCCGCUGAGAAGCAUAGCCUCCCCAAAGACAGCGCCUUGACAGUCAGCUUUCCCAUGCAGGUGAUGGCCUGCGUGAAGCGGCAAUACCAGAUCGUCUGGGGCGACAAGGUGACCUUCAUCCUCAAGCAGGCCUUCACCAUGAUGCAGGCUGUCAUCAUGGGCUCUCUAUUCUACAACGCCCCCGGGAAUUCGGGCGGCGUCUUUCUCAAAGGCGGUGCCCUCUUCUUCUCCCUCCUCUACAACUCGCUACUUUCCAUGAGUGAGGUGACGUCGUCUUUUAAUGGCCGGCCGAUUCUAGUCAAGCACAAGCUGUUUGGCUUCUACCACCCCGCGGCCUUCUGCAUCGCUCAGAUCGCCGCCGACAUCCCGCUCAUCCUGCUCCAGGUCUCGGGCUUCAGCGUCAUUUUGUAUUUCAUGGUCGGCUUCACCGCGACCGCGACGGCCUUCUUCACGUACUGGCUCGUCCUGGUGGUGGCAACCAUGUGCAUGACCGCUCUCUUCCGCGCCAUCGGCGCCUCCUUCUCCAAGUUCAACGGCGCUGCCAAGAUCUCCGGGCUCACCAUCACUUCGGCCAUGAUGUACACGGGCUACAUGAUCCACAAGACCCAAAUGCACCCCUGGUUCGUGUGGUUGUACUGGAUCAACCCAAUCGCCUACGCCUUCAACGCGCUGCUCUCCAACGAGUACCACGGCAAGACGAUCGACUGCGUCGGCAAUAGCCUGGUGCCCAACGGCCCCGGCUACGACGACCCGGCCCACCAGUCCUGCGCCGGCGUCGCCGGGGCGAAGCAGGGCCAGACCUGGUACACUGGAGACGACUACCUGGAGGCGCUGACCUACAGCUACGGCCACAUCUGGAGGAACGUGGGUAUUGUCCUGGCCUGGUGGGCUCUCUACGUCACCAUCACCGUCGUUUCGACCAUGCGCUGGCGCGCGGCGUCCGAGGCCGGCUCCACGUUGCUGAUCCCCCGCGAGCGCGCCAGGCUCGUCCCCGCGGAGCUGCGGGACGAAGAGGCCGCGACUGGCGAGAAGUUGCCGUCCUCGGCCGUCGGCGACCACGACGCGGCUGAGAAGGUCCUCAUCAAAAACACGUCGCUCUUCACGUGGAAGAACCUGUCGUACACGGUCAAGACGCACGAAGGUGACCGGCUCCUUCUCGACAACGUGCAAGGCUGGGUCAAGCCGGGCAUGUUAGGCGCACUAAUGGGCUCGUCAGGGGCCGGCAAGACGACGCUGCUUGACGUGCUAGCCCAGCGCAAGACCGAGGGCACGAUCCGCGGCUCCAUCCAGGUCGACGGCCGCCCGCUACCCAUCUCCUUCCAGCGCUCGGCUGGCUAUUGCGAGCAGCUUGACGUACACGAGCCGUUCGCCACGGUACGCGAGGCCCUCGAGUUCUCGGCCCUCCUCCGCCAGCGCCGGGAUGUCCCGCGCGAGGAGAAGCUCCGAUACGUGGAUACCAUCAUCGACCUUCUUGAGCUGAAUGACCUCGCCGACACGCUGAUCGGGCAGCCUGGCGCCGGCCUAACCAUCGAGCAGCGGAAGCGUGUGACCAUCGGCGUUGAGCUGGUCGCAAAGCCGAGCAUCCUCAUCUUCCUCGACGAGCCUACCUCGGGUCUCGACGGGCAGUCGGCGUAUAAUACGGUGCGUUUCCUACGCAAGCUUGCCGACGUCGGCCAGGCCGUGCUCGUCACAAUCCAUCAGCCGUCGGCCCAAGUCUUCUCCGUCUUUGACACGCUCCUGCUUCUGGCUGGCGGCGGCAAGACGGUCUACUUUGGCGAUAUCGGCGAGAGCGGCCGGACCGUUCGCAACUACUUCGAUCGCUACGGCGCCCCGUGCCCCGAGGAGACCAACCUCGCCGAGCACAUGAUCGACGUCGUGUCUGGGUCUCUUUCGCAGCGCAAAGACUGGAGCGAGGUGUGGCUCGCCUCCCCCGAACAUGCAGCCGUGACCGCGGAGCUCGACCACAUCACGGCGGAGGCGGCCUCGCUCCCGCCCAAGACGACCGAUGAUGGCUUCGAGUUUGGUACGCCGUUGUGGACGCAGAUCAAGCUGGUGACGCAGCGGACGAGCCUGUCGCUGUACCGCAACACCGACUACAUCAACAACAAAGUCGCGCUGCACACCUUUGGCGCGCUCUUCAACGGCUUCACCUUCUGGCAGAUCGGCGAGUCGGUCACGGACCUGCAGAUGCGCCUCUUUACCGCCUUCAACCUCAUCUUCGUGGCGCCCGGCGUCAUCAACCAGCUGCAGCCGCUCUUUAUCCAACGUCGCAACAUAUUCGAGACGCGUGAGAAAAAGUCCAAGAUGUACUCGUGGGUGGCUUUCGUGACCGGGGUAGUCGUGUCCGAGGUGCCGUAUCUCUGCGUCUGCGCGGUCCUCUACUUCUUCUGCUGGUACUACACCGUCGGCUUCCCCCACCACGUGAGCAGGGCCGGCUCCAUCUUCUUCGUCGUGCUCAUGUUUGAGUUCAUCUACACGGGCAUCGGCCAGUUCGAGUCGGCCUGCGCACCCAACGAGCUCUUUGCCGCACUCAUCAACCCCAUCGUCAUCGGUACCCUGAUGUCCUUUUGUGGCGUGCUGGUGCCGUACGAACAGAUCCAGGCCUUCUGGCGGUAUUGGCUCUACUGGCUCGACCCCUUCAACUACCUCAUGGGCGGCAUCCUGGUCUUCGCCAUCUGGGACACCAAUGUGACCUGCACGUCGAGCGAGCUCGCCCUCUUCAACCCUGUCAACGGCACUUGCGGCGAGUACCUCGCUAGCUACCUGCAGGAGAUGGGCCAGGGUGCCAUCCUGUUGAACCCUGAUGCCACGACUCAGUGCGAAGUGUGCCCGUACAGCAGCGGCAGCGUGUACCUGAAGAACAUAAACCUGCACGAGUACUACUACGGCUGGCGGGACGCGGGCAUCGUCGUUAUUUACGCGAUCAGCUCGUACGCCCUGGUGUAUCUCUUAAUGAAGCUGAGGACGGGGGCCUCCAAGAAGGCCGUGUUGGAGUGA